AUGGCUUUCUUCGAUCCCGCACCCAAGCCCAAGAGCCUGCUCGGUUACCACAGAGUAUUGGCACCUACUGCAGGCAUCAAAUGUUCACCACUAUGCUUGGGAGCCAUGAACUUCGGCACUGGAUGGAAAGAAUUUAUGGGAGAAUGUGACAAGGACACCAGUUUUGCUGUCCUCGACGCUUUCUUCGACCUCGGCGGUAACUUUGUCGAUACCGCAAACGCGUAUCAGUGCGAAGAGUCUGAGGAGUGGAUUGGUGAAUGGAUGGAGAAGAAGAGAAACCGUGAUCAGAUGGUCACCAGCGUUGAGGAGGUCAUGCACGGGCUCAACGCCUUGAUUACAGCUGGAAAGGUCCUCUAUCUUGGUGUUUCGGACACACCUGCCUGGGUUGUGGUCAAAGCCAACGACUACGCCCGUGCUCACGGNUGUUAUGACCAGGGCAUGGCACUUGCACCUUGGGGUCCUCUAGGACAGGGCAAGUUCAAGACCAAGGAAGCUCGCAGCAAAGAACACGAAGGUUCUGCACGAGCAUCUCAGUCCAGCGAGCACGAAAACGCCAUCUCAGAUGCUCUCGAGAAGGUCGCUGAGAAGCACAAGGCUACCAUGCAUGGAGUGGCACUGGCCUAUGUCAUGCACAAGACCCCUAACGUCUUCCCCAUUAUCGGUCAGCGCAAGGUCGAGCAUCUCAAAGCCAAUGUUGAGGCAUUGAGUAUCACACUCACGCAGGAAGACUUGAACGAGAUCGAGUCUGCGGCUCCAUUCGAUCCAGGGUUCCCUAACACCUUCAUUUUCGCUGACAAGUUUGAUGUCACGAACAACACUGCGGCGGACGUCAAGCUUACUGGUCUAUCGGCAAGGAUUGAUGCUCCUCCUAAGCAGAAGCCUGUUCCCGCUCGCUCUGAGGUUUGA